AUGCAUGCUGCGGUCCGUCGAACGAAGGACGGCCUCCGUGCUGAGAUCGAUGAGUUACACGCCCAGAUGGUUGACCUUCGAAGGCAGUUUGAACAGGAGGCGGCAAGAGUUAAUGAGGAAGCUGCGGCCAAAGCGGCGGCUUUCAAGCGCAGUUGUGAGGAGAAGCUCUCGGAAGAGCGGAAGCAAGCGUCAGCCGAUGUUGACUUGGCGAGAAGGGAGAAGGAACGAAUAGAACAUGAGAAGAAGCGUGUGGAGGAGCAGCUACAUGCAGUGGAACGGGAACUAUCACGAGUGCUGGGUGAGAAGCAAGAGAUUGAAGAUGAGACUCAACACAUACGAAGGGCACUGAGUACGGCUGAGAGACGCCUAGAGAAAGAUGAGGACACGAUCAAGGCUAAGGAUGAUCAG